CUGCAUCUCCCCUUUAUAGUGCUGUUUCCCGGUACCAUGAAAAGGAUUUGUGAGUUCCUAGACUACCAACUGUUCUUCCCUAGAGAGGCUACCGAUUUCUUUAAUGGAGUCAUGGACCAACUCCUGGCUAUGAGGGAGACUGAUGGAGGAAAAGGACGUGUAGACAUGCUGCAGAUAAUGAUUGAUGCUCAUAAGGAGAAGGACGAGGACAGCACGGACGGAGCAAAGGCUCACGGAAAGAAACAACCUCUUACUAGAGACGACGUUGUUGCAAAUGGAAUCGGCUUCUUUAACGCGGGUUACGACACUGUGUCCAUCACAUUGUCCUUCCUGUUGUACCAUCUGGCACUCGAUCAGGAGAUUCAGGACAAAGUCAGGCAGGAGAUUCACGACGUUACUGACGGUGAAUCCCUGGUUGACUACGAGGCGGUGCAGAAGAUGUCGUACCUUGAGAUGUGUGUGAUGGAGACUCUUCGCCUUUACUCCCUCGUACCCUUCCUUGUUAGGGUAGCUGCUGAAGAUGUUCAGCUGAAAGACUUGACCAUCCCAAAAGGUAUGGGGGUAUCUGUGCCCGUCGUUGCCAUCCACUAUGACCCUGCACGCUGGACAGAUCCGAGGAAGUUCAUUCCUGAACGGUUCACAAAGGCAGAGAGGGAGAAGCGCAACCCGUAUGACUGGCUGCCGUUCGGAGCGGGGCCGAGGAACUGUGUGGGGAUGAGGCUGGCUCUGAUGGAGCUGAAGGUUGGAGUGGCGAAGAUCCUGAUGAAGUACCGCGUCACUACUGGACCUGAUACGGUGGUUCCUGUGAAGCUCAACUAUAUGGCAGCAGUUCCCCACACCUGA